AUUCAUGAUUCGCUGGCAAGGCGUUUAUGGACUUGUGAGAUUCUAUUCGGAACCGUAUGAACUUCAAGUUCACUGGUUCAGGGCUUACUCGGUGGCACACGGUAUUCGGCCCAUCGGUGCGUCUUAACCAUUUCCAUAGCGAACUUUCACCCUCAAGCACCUGCGCUAUCCCUUCACCCUCGUAUUCAGUGGCCAAUGGAGUUGGCUUCUCCAAACCUCAUGCUUAAAAAUUUACAGUACUCUCCCGUCCAUGAUGCUGUCGAUGAUGACGAUGACGAGCAAGCAUUUGGUGAUGCAGAAAGGUUCGGUGCAGAUGCUGCAGAACCUCGUCCAAAGUCGCGUAUCCUUCGCCUGUGGCCUCGCCGGUUGGUUGAUGCUGCCCUGGUAUGCACAUCGAUGCUCUUUUUCGUGCUGUGGAUGGGCACACCUUCGCCUCGCCUGCGCGACGACAUUCCUGUAUACUCUCCAGCAAGUGGUGCUGUCGAGUCCACGGUUGUAAGGUUUAACGGAACCCUCGACUUUCCUUCUAUCUAUCGUGGUCCUCCUUCCCCAGAAAUCGAUGCCGCUUGGACCAGAAUAGCUCGUGCUGCCGGUGAAGUCGAUUCACCUUCGAAAGUCAAGUACCCAGAAAAAGCCGGUGGAGGUUUUAUGGUAUCCAUGGAAUCACCUCACCAACUGCAUUGUCUGAACUUGCUUCGCAAAGCCUCAUGGAUGGAGUAUUACGGGCCUAUAGAGCCUUCGUUUCAGGACGAUCCCGAAGUAGUCCGUAUGCAUCUUGAUCACUGCCUCGAAAUGAUCAGGCAGACUAUCAUGUGCAAUGUCGACGUGACGAUGAUCACAUGGGACUGGGUGGCGGGACACAAGGUUCCCUACCCUAACUUCAACACCCGUCACCAAUGCAGGAACUACGAGAAAAUAUUGGAUUGGGCUGACAAGCAUGCUGUUCAUAUCGAUAAAUCGGAGGUCACUCGCUUCGAAGAUACAGUUGACAUCCCCUUACCCUUUCAUGUGAUGCACCAUGAAGGAUAAGGAUUAUUUUCUUGCCCGCUUCAUAUAUUCCCAAAUAUCUCGGCGAUGAUUAUUAGCCUGACAGAAUUGUCGUAUAAUCAUAUGGGACUUACAUUCGACACGUCCAUCGUACAUUGCUGUCUUGCUAAACAAGAUUUUCUUGUUGACACGGAUAGUAGUACUAUGUGUAUAAAUGACACUAGAUGUAAAGGAACAUGCUGAAUCGAUGCAACGAAGACUCAGAGUCAAAAGGGAGAGCUGCUGCAGUCGGCGACAAUCACUUCCCCAUGGAUGCGGCCAUGGACAGGGAUUGUAGCCUGAAGCUUAUUAUGUAUGUGUAUGAUAGUUGUUCAUGC